AUUGGGGGGUGGCAAGGGGGAGCCACCGCCACCCCAUCUCUAUAAAAAAAUAAAAUUUAUACACUGGAAAUUACUAUAAUGCCCUUAACUAAUAUGAAUAUUACCAAUUCAAUUUCAUUUCCUCUUCCCCUUUCUCUUUCAUCUGAUGCGCGUUCCUCUUUUUUCGUCUCCCAGCCAAAGCAAAACCACCGAACAAUAUCCACCACCACACCACUGCUGGCGAGCCGCGACCACUCUUCUCCUUCUCCAUCCAUCACCGCCGCACCCCCCUCAAUCUUCUGUUGUAACUUGUAAGUGCCUUACUUUGUACUAGGUAUGAUUUGGUCCUGAGUACGCAUGAGUUCAACGCGCUACAAAAUACCUUGGUUAAUGAUGAACAUAUAUUGCUUUGGAAGGAAUCUCGCCACCGCAUCAUGCUGUUUGCCGCCCGUGCAACUUCCAGCACAAAAGGAAGCACAUUUUUGGUAUGUUUUACCUCAUGAGGUGAAGUGUACGAACCUAUUGAACCGAUGUUUUGAAAUAUUAUCACCUUGUGAGAAAGAAAAUGUACUUCGUAUGGGUGGGGAGGAGCUCAAGAAAAGUGCUCUCCUAGCUCGUGCAUUGGUUCGCACUACAUUAGCAAGAUACCAGACAAAUUGUCAAAUUGAUCCAAAAUCCUUGAAGUUUAGGAAGAACGAUUAUGGCAAACCUGAGGUAGACUGGCAAUAUGCUGACGAUCGGAGCCUACCACCACUACAUUUUAAUAUCUCGCACACUUCUUCUUUGAUAGCAUGUGGAGUAACUGUCGGCUCACCGAUUGGAAUUGAUGUGGAAGAGAAGCAAAGGAGGUUAAAGAAUGACAUUUUAGCCUUUGCUCGUCGAUACUUUUCUCCACAUGAAGUAGAAAUGCUAGCUCACAUUGUAGAUCCCGAGCUUCGGCGUCAGGAGUUUAUUAAAUUAUGGACUCUGAAGGAGGCAUAUGUAAAAGCACUGGGAAGGGGCUUCUCAGCAUCUCCUUUUAAUACUUUCACUAUCCGAUUAAGAGACCAUGUGAAAGGAGGUAUCCAUGUUCCACCCCAUGUGAUUUCUAAGGAAGCUGAAAUUACUGUUGAGCCUUCUGGUGACCUGAAGAAUCUCUCAAGCAAUUGGCAUUUUGUGCUUUUAGAGUUAAUUGGUUCUCAUUAUGCCGCCGUUUGCAUAGAAAAGGACAACACCAAUGCAGACAAAGGGAGCAUUCCAGUAAAUCUGACUAUACGGAAAACAAUCCCAUUUGUUGAAGAUGAAUGUAUUUUUGGAACGGACUCUGCGGAAGUCAUCGGCGGCUUGAGUAAACUGCUAGUGUGUUGAUUAGUGAUUCCAUAAAAAAAUGGAUGUUUCAACAACGGCUUUACAUUUUAGAAUCAGUGUUCUAAUUUAUUUUAGAGCUCCAUUUUUUACUGUUGCUUGGGAAGGCUGGGAUACUGUCUUAGAUGCUGAUAUCUACUGAAAACUUUGGAACAUAAUGUACUUCCUUUUCCCCAUUUUCCUCUGCAGUGGUUGUUGCACAUGCAAGAAAUAACUAAUUUGUAAUGUAAUAAUCCAUGUAAAAAUUUAUACAUUAUUUGAAUAAUUUAAGCAUCUAGCUGAUAGUAAGAUUAGGCAUCUUGUUUAUAA